CACGACCAUUCCCCUUGUUCACAACAACCAUCUGCUUAGCCCGUCUUUACUUUCCUGGCAAUGCUUCUUUUGCGCAGGUCAGUAGAGUAAAUUGGGUUUGACGAGGAGAGUUAAAUACUCCUAGGCAAAGCAAUUCUCGGGUUUGGCAAACGCAUGAUGCAGUGCUAUACUGAAAUAUUGCCCCCGACUGGGGUCACCCAUGCUUUGGCGGUCCCUUUCCUUGCGGCAACAUCAGACGAUCUGAUUGUGGUUAGAACAUCACUGCUUCAGAUCUAUUCGCUGCAUAAAGUUGCCUCCCAUGCGGAAGGAGCCGACGCCCAGCAGGAAUCGACGAAGCUCCUUUUGGAAAAGGAGUAUUCACUUUCGGGGACUGUAACUGGUCUUUGUCGGGUCAAGGUGCUCAACAGCAAGAGCGGCGGGGAAGCUGUUUUGGUCGCCUUCCGGAAUGCCAAACUUAGCUUGAUUGAAUGGGACCCGGAGCGUCGUGGCAUCUCCACCAUUUCCAUUCAUUAUUACGAGCGAGAUGAUCUGACCCGUAGUCCGUGGGUUCCUGACCUGAAUAAUUGUGGCAGCAUCCUCAGUGUGGACCCAAGCAGUAGAUGUGCGAUAUUCAACUUUGGAAUUCGAAAUCUCGCCAUUAUUCCUUUUCACCAGCCAGGAGAUGACCUGGUGAUGGAUGAUUAUGGGUCAGACCUCGGGGAAGGAAUAUCAACCGAUCACGAUCUCGGGGGUGGUACUGUUGCUGAUAAGGCCAAAGAGGGUAUUGUCUAUCAAACUCCAUAUGCCCCAUCUUUUGUUCUGCCCUUGACGACAUUGGAUCCUUCCAUACUUCACCCGAUAAGCCUUGCUUUCCUAUAUGAGUAUAGGGAGCCGACCUUUGGCAUAUUAUAUUCCCAAGUUGCAACAUCAAGUGCCCUUCUUCCUGAAAGAAAAGACGUGGUUUUCUAUACUGUGUUUACGCUAGAUUUGGAGCAGCAAGCAUCCACGGUUUUACUUUCCGUGUCAAGGCUGCCUAGUGAUUUAUUCAGAGUGGUGGCUCUCCCGCCUCCUGUCGGCGGUGCUUUAUUAAUCGGGUCCAACGAACUCGUGCAUAUCGAUCAGGCAGGCAAGACCAAUGCCGUUGGAGUUAACGAAUUCUCAAGACAAGUUUCAUCAUUUUCUAUGACUGACCAGUCCGAUUUGGCAUUGCGUCUUGAGAAUUGUAUCGUCGAGUGUCUCGGGGAUAGCAGUGGGGACAUGCUUUUGGUGCUUACUACCGGGGAGAUGGCCAUCGUGAAAUUCAAGUUAGAUGGGAGGUCAGUUUCUGGGAUCUCGGUUCACCUACUGCCGGCUCACGCAGGUCUUACCUCCAUAUAUUCCGCAGCAGCAGCUUCAACCUUCAUAGGUGAUGGAAAAAUUUUCCUGGGCAGCGAAGAUGGUGAUUCAGUGCUUUUAGGCUAUUCUUACUCGUCUUCCAGCACAAAAAAGCACCGGCUGCAAGCGAAGCAAGUGAUAGACGACUCUGCGGAUAUGUCAGAAGAGGAUCAGAGUGACGACGAUGUGUACGAAGACGAUCUCUAUUCUACAUCUCCGGACACAACACUUACCGGCCGCCGUCCGUCAGGAGAAUCAUCCGCUUUCGGGCUGUAUGACUUCCGGAUACACGAUAAGCUUAUCAACAUCGGCCCUCUUAGGGACAUUACUAUGGGAAAGAGGCUAUCCACGAACCAAGAAAAGACAGGCGAUCGUACUAAUAGUACUUCUCCAGAGCUGCAGAUAGUAGCUUCCCAAGGCUCACACAAGAGUGGUGGUUUGGUAGUAAUGGCCCGCGAGAUCGAUCCUCAUGUCGUCGCUUCAAUUUCGCUCGAGUCAGUAGACUGCAUCUGGACAGCUUCAUUGACUCGGGAGGAAGAGGCUGUUUCAGGAACGUCAGAGAAGAUGGGACAACAAUCGCAGCGAUGCUAUGUUAUUGCAACGGAAGUCAAAGGCUCCGAUAGGGAAGAAUCGCUCAUCUUCGUAGUGGAUGGCCAUGGUCUGAAACCUUUCAGAGCACCUGAUUUCAACCCUAACGAAGAUGUGACAAUUAGCAUUGGGACACAGGAAAGCAGGAAGCGCGUGGUCCAAGUCCUAAAGAACGAGGUUCGGAGUUAUGACUUUGACCUGAGUUUAACUCAAAUAUACCCGAUAUGGGACGAUGACACCAAUGAUGAACGAAUGGCUGUUAGUGCCAGUCUGGCCGAUUCUUGCCUUGCAAUUCUACGGGACGACUCUACGUUAUUAUUCCUUCAAGCAGACGACAGUGGAGACCUUGAUGAAGUAGUCUUUGGUGAGGAUGUAGCAUCUGGAAAGUGGAUAUCCUGUUGCUUGUACAGCGACAAAACCGGGAUGUUUUCUUCCAUCGAUCGAACACUGAGUGAGCCAGUCAAGAACGACAUGUUUUUAUUUCUACUCAGCCACGAUUGCAAGCUCUUUGUUUAUCGCGUCCGCGAUCAAAAGCUGCUAUCGAUAAUCGAGGGGACAGACGGUUUGUCGCCUCUGUUGUCCAGCGAGCCACCUAAGCGGUCUGGCACACGGGAGAAUCUGAUAGAGGCAAUCGUUGCCGAUCUCGGGGAAACAUGGAGUGCUUCGCCGUAUUUGAUUUUACGAUCUGAGACUGAUGAUUUGAUAAUUUACAAGCCUUUUGUGGUUUCAACGGGACCAGUUGAAGGGAUUCACAGCCUGAAGUUUUCCAAAGAGACCAACAGUGUCCUGCCAAGGAUCCCACCUGGUGUCAGUUCAACACAGCCCAGUGGUUCGGAUUAUAGAGCUAGGCCACUGCGCAUCCUGCCCGAUAUCUCGGGACUCAGUACUGUAUUCAUGCCUGGUGCUUCAGCAGGCUUCAUUAUCAGGACAUCCGCAAGUGCGCCACACUUUCUGCGCUUAAGAGGGGAAAACUCUCGGAGCGUAAGCAGCUUAGAUACCCCUGAAUGCAGUAAGGGGUUUAUCUACCUGGACUCGCAGAGUACGGUUCGGUUUUGUAAACUGCCCCCUAUGACACGAUUUGAUUACCAGUGGACUUUGAAAAGGGUGCACCUAGGAGAACAAGUUGACCACUUAGCUUAUUCCACCUCUUCCGGGAUGUACGUACUAGGGACGUGUCAUGCAACCGAUUUCAAGUUGCCUGAGGAUGACGAGUUGCACCCAGAAUGGCGUAAUGAAGCUAUUUCGUUUUUCCCAUCGGCGCGUGGAAGCUUUAUAAAGCUUGUUAGCCCUAAUACAUGGUCUAUCAUCGAUAGUUUUUCCCUCGGCGCAGACGAGUACGUCAUGGCGAUUAAAAACAUAAGUCUUGAAGUAUCGGAAAACACCCACGAGCGCAAGGACAUGAUCGUUGUGGGUACUGCGUUCGCCCGGGGCGAAGACAUACCUUCACGCGGCUGCAUCUAUGUUUUCGAGGUUGUGCAGGUUGUUCCAGACCCAGAUCGCCCUGAGACAGAUCGCAAGUUGAAGCUCAUUGGCAAAGAACCAGUGAAAGGUGCCGUGACUGCGCUAUCUGAGAUUGGUGGCCAGGGCUUCGUCCUGGUUGCACAAGGACAAAAGUGUAUGGUCAGAGGCCUCAAGGAGGAUGGUAGCCUCCUCCCUGUUGCUUUCAUGGAUAUGCAGUGCUAUGUCAGCGUCGUAAAAGAGCUCAAAGGCACUGGGAUGUGCAUCCUUGGCGAUGCUGUGAAAGGUGUUUGGUUCGCAGGCUAUUCGGAGGAGCCCUACAAAAUGAGCCUUUUUGCCAAGGAUCUAGACUACCUUGAAGUGUGCGCGGCUGAGUUCCUUCCAGACGGCAAAAGACUAUUCAUUGUUGUGGCCGACAGCGAUUGCAACAUUCAUGUAUUGCAGUAUGAUCCGGAGGAUCCUAAAUCCUCGAACGGUGACAGGCUGCUUAGCCGUAGUAAAUUUCAUAUGGGCAACUUCGCCUCCACGUUGACUCUUCUGCCACGUACAAUGGUCUCUUCAGAGAAGAUGGUGUCCAGUUCGGACGGAAUGGAUAUCGACAACCAGAGCCCCCUCCACCAAGUCCUGAUGACCACACAGAACGGCUCUCUUGGCUUGAUCACCUGCAUUCCGGAAGAAUCAUACCGCAGAUUGUCUGCUUUACAGUCGCAGCUGACGAAUACACUGGAACAUCCCUGCGGUCUUAAUCCCCGAGCCUUCCGGGCUGUGGAGAGCGAUGGCACUGCUGGUAGGGGUAUGCUCGACGGUAAUCUCUUGUUCAAAUGGAUAGAUAUGAGCAAGCAACGCAAGACAGAGAUCGCAGGACGCGUGGGUGCACGUGAAUGGGAGAUAAAGGCCGACCUUGAGGCCAUCAGUGGUGAUGGCCUUGGCUAUCUCUAACAACACCAACCCGUAAGGGACCUGUUGCUCAUAUGUUGCACUAGCCCGGAGUACCGGCUAGCUAAUUCAGAAACAAACUUUACGAAAUCUUGGCUAGAGUGUUGUCAUAGAUACAAUGGGGCAGGUUGAGUGCAUGGUCACGCUACCCCAUGCUCACAGGAAGUAAAUCUCAUGUCAACAUGUAUAUUGUCAGGAUUGGUUCCGCGUAUACCUGCAAUUCGUUCAGCGCCGAUAAUUAUUACAUAUUGUAGUUUCCCCAUAUAGAUCCAAAACAGUGCGUACAAACGCAAGUGCAGUGCACCACAGAUACCGACUGAUGAAGUCAAAUGUUAAAAAACAAUUUUUGGUACAGGAACGUUCCAGACGACCAGCCGAGCAAUACUCUUUCUUCGGUCCCGUAGCCGGCGAAGAUAUAAUUACCAGACAAAACCUCCUUUCAGAUAUAUGCAAUCAAAAGAAGACAAAAGUAGAGAAGAAUGGGACAAGGAUGGUGACCCUUGAAACGGUAAUGAAGAGGGUGUCGAGGCCGGGAAAUUGAAUAAAAGUAAGAAAAGAAAGAAAACGAAGAGAAACACGCCAAAAAGGCGCAGAAGCCAAAAGCCGCUUCCUAACUUGACUCCAUCACGCCGCGACUAAUAUCCUUACUAG